AAUGUCAGAACACUCGGAAGACACGGAAGACAUUAAACCGACCAUCUCAACGGCGCCCGAUGACUGCAUGGAGUCGGAUCCGAUUAAGGAGAUCAACUUCCUCCUGGCGAGCAGCAAGAACAUGAAGAUCGAGGAGACGCCCGUCUUCAACAUCCGCCUAAUUGCCGAAGUGAAAGCGCGACCCUUUCUGUACGAUCAGUCCGACGAGGGUUAUAACCUUCUCUCAUGGCGGAACUCGGCAUGGAACGAAAUUGCAGAGAACCUGGAGACCACAUCCGAACACGUGAAAACGAGAUGGAAGACGCUGCGAGAUCGGUACAAGAAGGAGGAGAAGAAGGAGCGGGUGUCAAAGAAGGCGUCAAGUUGGGUGUUCCAGAGGCCUCUGAAAUUUAUACAGGCACAUUUGAAGGAUAGGCACACCGACGAAACCGACUCCAACCAAUCGGAGCCUGCCGUCAAGCCAGAGCCCAACGGCCACGUCUCCCCCAUGGAAGCCGCCAUGUCGUUCAUCGAAAACGAGCUGAUCCGAACCCAAGACUCCUCCAAGUCAUCCGGCUCCACAGGCGAGAUGGAGUCAAGCUCAGCGUCCACAGCCUCGAGUGCCUCGAGCUCCAAAAAUACAGGCACGCAGGAGGGCGGUGAAGCUUCUGUGAUCACACCUCCACCGCUUCCGAUCCCAAUGGCGGUUACACCUUCACCAUCCGCCACGUCAUCAGCUUCAAAUGGAGGGCCUGCGGUGAAACGGAGCAGAGUUUCGAUUACAGAAGGAAUGACGCCAGUAGCCUCCAGAAACGCCGCUGCAGCCGCCGCAGCUAGCCUCGGGCUCAGCUUCUUCCCGGGGCUCUCCCAGUGGGCAACGACACGUGAAGAGGAGGAAGAUGAGAUUUUUGCAAGAAUGAUAUCGAUUAAGCUGAGCAAAUUGGAUGCUCGAACAAAAGAAGUCGCCAAGUUACAAGUUUUGAAGGCGAUUUUCGACGCCCAGUUUACCCCGGCGCCAACUUGAAAUUUUUCGGUGUCUUCCUUCCAUUUUCUAGGUUCUUAGAAUAUGGCUUUUUUGGUUUUCACUUUGCUGAUGUUACUUUAAACACGUGUAUCUCUGCAGUGGUUAGAGAUAGACAAAGUUUUUUAUUGCCACAGUAUAGCAAAUUUUACGUGCUAUAUUUUGUCAGUUAAAAACUUUUUGCUACCUUCUCGUGUUUCUGCAAAGUUAUAGCCAAAAAACAACAUUUUAUGAACCUUUUUUUUGUAAAAAACAACCCCUGUGUCUGAUGCUCAUAAUCCCAUCUCUCUGUUUCACUUUUUUCUUCUGCAAACCUAAACCUGAACCGUACCAGAAUAUCUCCACAUGAAAGAAACCUCCCUCCGGCCAAUAUUAUAUGUAUCGCUCCCAAACACUAUAAAACAUUAUUAAAUUUUUUUUCUUCGAAAAUCUCUGUUUUUUCCGAGUGCUAGUUCCCUACCGACGUAGUAGUGCUUUUGUUUGUGCCCCCUGUACCCGUGUUAGACAUUCCCCCAAAUCAUUUUAGACCCGUUUUUUUCUUCUUUAAUUGUUUUUUUUUUGAAAGUACAUUACUUUUUUUCUUAUACUGUUGUGAAGAUCUGCCCUGUAAUUAGCCUCUCAGGUCGUGAUAAAUUUGUAAAGAAAAUAA